UAAACCACCAUCGAAAAAUAGCAAUACCCCCAGAAACAUAAAAAAUACACCGAAAGCUCGGAUAUUCCGAAAAAAGCUUACAAGGGUUUUAAAUGAUUUUUUUUCGCGUCACCCAAUUGAAUUAAAUAAUAAUGCUAUAGGCAAAACUUACUUUGUGUAUCCGAAAGCCACAUCUUCCUUUUACUUUAAAGAUAUUUACGAGAAAUACGAGCAAAAUUAUUCAGAAUCAGAUUCAGAGUUGCAACUUGGGUUUUAUAUUGUUUCAUUAGCGGUUAACAAAAUACCUUUCUUUGGUUCAGAAAUGCUUUCAAAUAUUUCGAAAUUGAUUUUUGGAACUUCACAAAAGAUAAAGAGAAAUAAUGAUUCGACGGAAAACAAACUCGAUCUUAAUAGCAGUUUAGAAAUCAUUCCACAAAUGACUAUAUCUGAUCCCGAAGAGAACGGCGAAAAUGAUGAUGGCGAUACUCCUUCGGAAUUCCCACUCCCUGAGGGACCACAACGCGUAAAAACAAUUGUUUCGUCUUCUUCACUAACACCUAUGUCAACUUCCAGUAAGCCUACGCCGUUACAAAAAGCUAACAGAAAACGUCAGAAAGUUGCCUUGGAACCAGGUCAUUCGACUUUAGAUUGGGCGGAUCUAAAGAAUAGUGGAGUUGAUCUUAGGAACGUCCCUAAAUUACGCAAGUAUACUAUGGAAGAAUUAAGGCAGCAUAGAACAGAGAAUGAUGCGUGGACAGCUUUAAAUGGCACAAUAUAUAAUAUUACACCUUAUCUCAAAUUUCAUCCAGGAGGGAAAAAAGAAUUGAUGCGUUGCGCAGGUCGGGAUGGGACUAAAUUAUUCAUGUCUACGCAUUCAUGGAUAAAUUAUGAUCUUAUGCUUGAUAAAUGCGUGGUAGGAUUUCUAAUUAACGACAACGAUGGACCGUCUUCACAACUUCAAGUUUAA